AUGGAAAAUACUCGAUUUUCUUCCUUUCUCUUUUUAUUUAGUAGUACUCGAUUUUCUUUUAUUACUUUCUCUUUUUCUUUCUCAUUACUCGAUUUUCUUUUUUUUCUUUUUUUAUUACUCAGUACUCGAUUUUCUUGCUUUUUCUUUUUUAUUACUCAGUACUCGAUUUUCUUCCUUUCUCUUUUUUUUCUUGUACUCGAUUUUCUUUUUUCUCUUUUAUUACAUAGUACUCGAUUUUUCUUUACUUUUUUUCUUCCUUUCUCUUUUAUUACAUCUCGAUUUUCUUCCUUUUCUUUUUAUUACAUAUUACUCAUUUUCUUUUCUCUCUUUUUUACUCAGUACUCAUUUUCUUGCUUCUUUUUUAUUACUCAGUACUCGAUUUUCUUGCUUUCUUUUUUUAUUAAAUAUUUUUUUUCUUGCUUUCUCUUUUUAUUACUUUUCUUUUUAAUCAUUUUUUCUUCCUUUCUCUUUUUAUUACUUACUCGAUUUUCUUUUUUCUUUUAUUACAAUACUGAUUUUUCUUUUCUUUUUUUAUUACUUUUUUCGAUUUUCUUGCUUUUUUUUUACUUAGUACUCGAUUUUCUUUCUUUCUUUUUUUAUUACUCUUUUUUUUUUCUACUUAGUACUCGAUUUUCUUGCUUUCUUUUUAUUACUCAGUACUUGAUUUUCUUUCUUUUUUUUUACUUAGUACUCGAUUUUCUUUCUUUCUCUUUUAUUACUCAGUUCUUUUUCUUGCUUUCUCUUUUUAUUACAUAUUUCGAUUUCUUGCUUUCUCUUUUUAUUACUCAGUAUUCGAUUUUCUUGCUUUCUCUUUUUAUUACUCAGUACUCGAUUUUCUUGCUUUCUCUUUUUUUUUACUUUUCGAUUUUUUUGCUUUCUCUUUUAUUACUCAGUACUCGAUUUUCUUGCUUUCUCUUUUUAUUGCUAAGUACUCGAUUUUCUUGCUUUCUCUUUUUUAUUACUCAGUAUUAUUAUCUUCCUUUCUCUUUUUAUUACAUAUACUCGAUUUUCUUGCUUUUUUAUCUUUUUCUUACUCAGUACUCGAUUUUCUUCCUUUUCUCUUUUUAUACUCGAUAUUAUUCUCUUUUUAUUUUUAUUUCUUCUUUUUUAUUUAGUAUUUUUCUUCUUUCUCUUUUUAUUAUUCUACUCGAUUUUCUUGCUUUCUCUUUUUCAGAUUAUACUCGAUUUUCUUCCUUUCUUUUUAUUACUUUACCGAUUUUUCUUCAUUCUUUUUUUUGCUCUUUUAUCAUUCUCUCUGCAAUACUCUUCUUCAGAUUUUUUCUUCCUUUCUCUUUUUAUUUUAUCGAUUUUACCUUUCUGUUUUCUUACAUAGUAUUUCUUUUUUUCUCUUUUUUUUACUCUGUAACCAAUUUUCUUCUUCCUUUUUACUUAUCGAUUUUCAUCCUUUCUCUUUUUAUUACUCUCUCUACUCGAUUUUUCUUCUUUCUCUUUUUAUUUCAUCCCAUCUCUUUUUCCUUUCUCUUUUUGUCUUCUUCAUAUUUUCAUCUUUCUCUUUUUUCUUUCUGUAUUCGAUUUUCUUUCUUCUUCAGAUUACAUAGUACAUCCUUUUCUCUUUUUUUUCAUUUCUUUUCUUCCUUUUCUCUUUUUAUUACAUAUUACUCGAUUCAUCUUCCUUUCUUUUAUUACUUUCUGUACUUCUUUUUUUCUUCUUUUUUAUUCUUUUCUUUCUCUUUUUAUUACUCAGUAUUUUUCUUGUUUCUCUUUUAUUAUUACUCAUUUUCUUGCUUUUCAUUUUAUCUCUGUAAUUUUUUCUUCUUCAUAAUCGAUUUUGUUUUUUCUUUUUUAUCAUUUUUUCUUUUUCUCUUUUUAUUACUCAGUACAUUUUCUUUUUCUCUUUUAUUACAUAGUAUCUUUUUCUUACUUAGUUUUAUUCUUAUUUUUCUUGCUUUUUUUACUUUUUUUCUUUUUAUGUCUUCUUUAUUAAAAAUACUCAUUUUUCUUCCUUUUUAUUUUAUUCUUACUCUGAUUUUCAAUGUCUUCUUUUUUAUUACAUAUUCUUUCAUCCUUUCUCUUUUUAUUACAUUCUCGAUUUUCUUCCUUUCUCUUUUUAUUCUUCAGUAUUCGAUUUUCUUCCUUUCUUUUUUAUUACUCAGUACUCGAUUUUCUGUCUUCUUUUUAUUACUCAGUACUCGAUUUUCAUCUUUCUUUUUUAUUCUGUGCCCAAUACUCGAUUUUCUUCCUUUCUUUUUUAUUAUUCUCGAUUUUCUUGCUCUCUCUUUUAUUACAUUCUCUUUUUGUUUCUUAUUCGAUUUUCAGUACUUCUUUCUUCCUUUCUCUUUUAUUUUACUCGAUUUUCUUGUCUUCUUCAGUUACUCAGUCUCAUCCUUUUCUUGCUUUCUCUUUUUGUCUUCUUCAGUUACUCAAUUUUCUUGCUUUCUCUUUUAUUACUCAGUACUCUGUGCCAAUGUUGCUUCUUCUUUUUAUUUUCUCAUCCUUUCUCUUUUUUCUUUCUUUCUUCUUUUUUAUUACAUAGUACUCGAUUUUCUCUUCCUUUCUCUUUUUAUUACAUUCUCUCUUUUUCUUGCUUUCUUUUUUUAUUACUUACUCGAUUUUCUUGCUUUCUCUUUUUUCAUUCUCUCUUCUUGCUUUCUCUUUUUCACUCAGUUCUCGAUUUUUCUUUUUCUCUUUUCUAAUCUAUACUCGAUUUUCUUCCUUUCUCUUUUAUUAGUACUCGAUUUUCUUCCUUUCUCUUUUAUUACAUAUCGAUUUUCAUCCUUUCUUUUUUUUUAUUACUCUGUCUACUCGAUUUUCUUCUUCCUUUUUUAUUACUCAUCCUUUCUCGAUUUUCUUGCUUUUCUUUUUUGUCUUCUUUUUUCUUGCUUUCUCUUUUAUCACUUCUCUACUCGAUUUUUCUUGUUUUUUAUUACUCAUCUCUUUUUCUUUUUUUCAUUCUCUCUGUACUCGAUUUUUCUUCUUUUCUUUUUUACUCAGUACUUUCUUUUUUUACUUUCUCUUUUCCAAUUCUUCUUCAGAUUCAUUUUCCUUUCCUUUUCUUACAUAGUACUUUUUCUUGCUUUCCUUUUCUUUACUCAGUACUCGAUUUUCUUCCUUUCUCUUUUUAUUACUCAGUACUCGAUUUUUUCUUCUUUCUUUUUUAUUACUCAUACUCGAUUUUCUUGCUUUCUCUUUUUUAUUACUCAGUACUCGAUUUUCUUCCUUUUCUCUUUUUAUUACAUAGUCUCAUUUUCUUCCUUUCUUUUUUAUUACAUAGUACUCGAUUUUCUUGCUUUCCUUUUUUAUUACUUCAUGUUUCUUUUUUAUUACUCAGUAAUCGAUUUUCUUUUUCUCUUUUUUAUCACUCAGUUGCCUUUUCUUCCUUUCUUUUUUCAUUACUCUCUACUCGAUUUUCUUUUUCUCUUUUUCCUUUCUGAGUACUUUUAUCAUUUUUCUUUUGCUUUUCUUUUUUAUUACAAAGUAUCUUUUCUUGCUUUCUCUUUUUAUUACUCAGUUUCUUUUCUUAAUUUCUUUUUUUAUUACUCAUUCUUUUCUUUCUUUCUCUUUUCAUUUAGUACUCGAUUUUCUUGCUUUCUUUUUUUUUUCUCAUUUUCUUUUUUUUACUCAUACUGGAUUUUCUUUCAUCUCUUUUUUUUACUUACUCUUUUCUUUAUUUCUCAUUUAUUACUCUUUCUUUUUUUCUUCCUUCUCUUUUUUUUUAGCACUUUUUCUUGCUUUCUCUUUUUAUUCUCAGUACUCGAUUUUCUUUUUCAUUUUUACGCAGUACUCCACAUUUUCUUUCUCUUUUUUUUUCUCGAUUUUCUUUCUCUUUUUUUAUUAUUCAUCUUUUUUCCUUUCCCUUUUUCUUUCUUUUCAGUUUUCAUUUUCUCUUCAUUUAUUUUUUUUUUUAUUCAUCUUUCUUUCUUUUUCUUUCUUUUCUUUUUUUCUUUUAUUUUCCUCAAUUUUCUUUUCCUUUCUUUUUUCCCUCAUUUCUUCUUUUUUCUUUUUUUUUUUUUUUUUUUCCCUUUUUUCAUUUUUUCAAAUCUUUUUUCUUCCUUUUUCUCCCUUUCUUUUUUUUGCCUUAAAACUUCUUUCUUUUUUUUUUGUUUUCAAAUAUCAAUUCUCUCUUUUUUUUCUUUCUUUUCCAAAUCUUUUUCUUUUUUUUUUUUCUUUCUCAAAUGUCACUUUUUUUUGUUUCGUUUUUUCAUUUUUCCUUUCUUUCCCAAAUUCAUUUUUUCUUUCUUUCUUUUUUUUUCUUUCUUUUUUUUAUUUCUUUCCUUUCUUUUCUUUUUCCAACUAUUUCCUUUCUCAUCCAUUUUUUUCUUUCUUUUUUUUAUCAUUCUCUUUAUCAAAUUCGUUUUUUUUUUCUUUCUUUCUUCUUUAUUUCUUUUCAAUUGUUCCAUUUUUCUUUCUUUAAAAGAAAAUUCUUUUUCUUUACAAUGA